AUGUCUUCAACAUCAGUCUUAUCGAAGACACUUCAUUCCAUCACUGGUACCAAAAUUCGCGAGUUAGAGAAGCAACGAACUCAGUACGAGAGCCGCAAGACUAAAAUCCUCCAAGAGGCCGAUGAGAACACCGAUCAGGGCGAUCGUAUCAGCUGUUUGCUCCGUGGAGUCAAGGAGCUCUACUCAAAAGGACGCGACGGCGAUCCCGGCGUCGACAAUAUCGAUAACUUGCUGGCCCAGUCCAAAUAUGACACAUCCGUGCCUCCCUCGAUGUUGCAGUUGUCUGAGGACCUCUUAAGGUCUAAGCUUGACGUACAAAGCCAUAAGCUCAGUAUGGCUCACCUUUACUCACGACUUGUCACCGAGUGGAUCAAUCCUGGAAAUCCCAUGGAGGAUUCCGACGCCGCCGAGUUAUCUAAGGAAGAUUCCUCUUUUGCGGUCAUCGACCAGCAAGAAGAGCGUCUUCAGAACCUCCGUGACCAGUUCGAGAAGGUGGUUUUCACACCAUUGGAAACCGACGAAGCGGAACUCAACGCCUACCUGGCUAGUCUCUUCAAGACGAGAGAGAGCGAAAGGGCGCUCGAGGAUGUGCGGCAACAGAUCACGCAAGCGAGUGAGGACUUCCUCAAGAGACGGAACCCGUUUAACACGACCAUGCUGAAGAUGUGCAUUGCCAGCCUCCUCCAGCAGGAUCUUUUAAGCGAUGAGAAACAGGCGAUCUUGCGUGAGUUCGAGUCCAACGAUGUCGUUCUACGGGAGAUCGCCGACGUCCUCAAUACGCGAUUCGUCGAUUUUGAGAACUGGGAAUGGGACGCCGGCGAGGAGGGGGUAUCAUACGUUCCACGCCAGCAAGCCAACGGCAAGUACCGCAUCUGGAUGGACGAAGAUGUACUUCAGGCCAUCUUCAUUCACUGGAUCGGCAUCAACAGCUGUGUUAGCUUGAAGCGGACCCUGACGGGCCUCGUUUCUCUGGACGGAACCGACCAAGUCUGGAGGUGGCACGCCGAGCCACCCAUGACUGACAGGCAGAUCCAGCGGCGCGCGUAUUAUCUCAGAGAACAUCCCACAUUGAUCUUUGGUGAACCCUCGCAUCCAGCAACGACGAGAUGGCCUAGGGGAGGUAUCAGAGGGCGCGGAAGAGGUGGGAGGGGAGCCUCCUUCCGAAGUUCCCAACCACGGCCUUCCAUUUCAGGUGAUACGGUUGCAGGCUUUCGCAGAAAGAACUUCAUUGAUUACUUUUGCCUCGCAGCCCUGCCAAGCCAAGUCAAUACGCUCAACGAGGAGAUGUACGACGAUGGAAAAAUGUUAGAAGACGAUGGCGAUGACGAUGACGAUGACGAUGCUUCUUCGUCUGAAUGGGUAAAAGCCAAGAAACCAGCCCUAAACAUCAAGCAGUUUCUUCUGCGCACGCUGGCAACUGAGACAAUGCUUCAUCAAGCGCUUGAUGGCACAGCUGCCGUGGUGCAGUCUGAUCUCAAGUGGUUCGGGGCUGGCCUGUCUCACACUUCAAUCUUUGCAAUUCUCCGCUUCUUUGGGUUCCCGGAGAACAUGAUAGCGUUCUAUCGGAAGGUUCUAGAGACGCCGGUGAAUCUGUGUCCGUCUUCCGAGUCAGAGUCGUCAUCAAAUGAGCCGCGCAUCAGGCGCAGGGGUAUGCCGAUGAGUCGAUCGCCAGCGAAACUCAUCGGCGAGUUGGUGUUGUUUGUGAUGGACUUUGCCGUUAACCAAGAGACGGGGCUACAACUAUACCGCCUGCAUGACGACCUCUGGGUUGCCGGUAACCCUGCGGAUACUGCUAGGGCAUGGGCUACCAUGCAGCACUUCGCCAAGCUCAUGGGUUUGGAGUUUAACAUGAAGAAGACUGGCUCGGUGUACUUGACCAACGAAGGAGUUCCUCAAGAUGAAGCCCUUGAUAAGCAAUUGCCCAAGGGUCCUGUCAGUAUCGGCCACCUCGUGCUCGAUCCUAAGACUGGAAAGUGGACCAUCGACCAGGCGAACGUCACAGAGCAUGUGAAGCAGCUCCAGAAACAACUUGCCGAGUGUCGCAGCAUUCUCGACUGGGUACGCACAUGGAACAGCUGCAUCGGGCGCUUUUUUGGUCAGGCGUUUGGGGAGCCGGCUUAUUGCUUGGGCAAGGAGCACGUCGAGAGCGUCCUACGAACCUACCAGAAGAUGCAGCACGAUGUUUUUGCGACAUAUUCUACUGACAAUGGCAGCAAGCCGAUUGCCGGCGCAGCGAACAGCCAGCUUAGCGCAGUUCACUACAUCAAGUCCAAGAUUGAGCAGCGUUUUGGUGUCUCGGAUGUGUCGGACGCCUUCAUCUUCUUUCCGGACCAACUAGGUGGUUUAGGACUCCAGAACCAGUUCAUACCAUUUCUCAAGGUCCAGAAACACCUAUGUGGGACAGGAGUCUCACCAGAGGAAAUGGUUGAGAGCUUUUUUGACCGAGAACGAAAGGACUACGAGGAUAAGAGGAUGACAUUCGAGUCGGCCAAGGCCACCGAGACGCGCGAGCUAGGAGACGAUAUUCUGGGUCGAUUCGACGCGCAAAACCUUGGCCCAGAGGACUUGGAGACGUUCUUCUCCUACGAGGAAUUCACUGAAAAUAGAAGUACCACAAGCACCCACUUGAAAGACCUCUACGAGCGUGUUCAGGGGACACCAAGCGUGCUAGGCCCCAAGGCUGACCGGCAAGUCUAUCAGGCGUUGGAGGACUUGCCUAUCCAAUCGGCCAAUUUGCGAUCUGGGCUGCGAUGGGUGGUCCAGAUGUAUCAUCGGGAAGCAAAAGAUCGUUUUGAUGGUCUUAGGCUCAUUGAGGAGCGAUUCUUGCCGCUGGGCGUCAUUGACAUGAUGAGGCAGAAGACCGUUAGAUGGGGUUUGGCCCUUUAG